AUGAACGCUCUGGCCCUGUUCCCCCCUUACCCCGCCAGCGUGUGCCACGUUCACAUCUUGGCUUUUCGCCUCCCCACAGGCGCUGCCUUUGCUGGAGUUUACAGAGCUGCGGGGAAAAAGAUGAUCCCCUUCGAGGCCCUCAUUUUCGGUGUGGGGCAGACCUUCUGCGUGGUGGUGGUGUCGUUCCUGCGCAUCCUGGCCACGCUGUAGCUCCCCCUGGGGAGGCUGGAGGACACAAACCGGAGUGGGCGUGAAGGACCUGGCACCUGCUCUGCCUCUGGAACAAAUCCCAGGGAGCACAGCUCGGGGCUUGUGCUUCCUCCACUGAUUUAAGGAAUUGUGAGGGCCUGCUCCUGCCUCUAGUGUGGCUUGGAAUUAAGCUGAAAAUUGUGAAUUUUGUUACUUUUUGGUAACAUUAAGUGCCAAGUGAAACUUAUUUCUCUGGAGGGUAGGAAGAUGGCUUCUGGAGGGGGAGGCCCACAUACCUUUUAGCAGUGAUGAAUUGUAGCCACGGGACAUAACUGAGAUGUGACACUGGCUGUGCUGGAGUGGGAGCAGGACCACAGAGUGACACGGUGUGCUCAAAGCUCACUUGGUGCUUUGACCUGCUGUUGCUUUGUUCUCAGUGAACCUGAAGCUCUUUUAAUGUGAAUUUUCUUUAGAUUAAAAAAUUAAUUUGUUUUCUUCCCAGCCCAAACUCCUUCAUACCAGGUCAUAGUCUUAGUGGAUUUUGAGAGCAGCAAAAAGGAAAACUCAAUUUAGAUGGAUGAGGGUGCAGAUUUGUGUCUGGGAGCUGUGGCUGUGAGGGCUGUGCAGGGGAAAUGACCAAACACAGCCCCAAACCAACCCUUAGCUGGCAGAACAGUCUCCUCAUGGGCUGUUUUAGUUUGCUUUGGCUUUAAGUGACUUUUUACUUAACUGGUGGCUCUGCUCUUGUACCCAGUUGUGCCACGUGGCUGGGGCAGCUCAGGUGCUUCCCAAGGGCUCGGUUCUCCGGGGAAGCUGGGGUUGAACCCCAGGGAUGUGGGGUGGUGUGGGCAGCCCCAGGGGUUUGCUGUGUCCUUGUUUGUUUGUUCCCAGCUGCGGAAGGAAGGCACCAUCUGCAUCCAGCCUUGUGGGACACACUUCCUUUUUGUGUCUUUGCUGAAGUCCUUUGGUCUCCAAACCAGCUCCCUCCCUGAGGCCACUGACCCUCCAUGAGCCCGUGUCCUCUGUGUGAAACAACUGGACGUGGCACUCGGUGCCAUGGCCGAGUGGACAAGGGGGUGAUCGCUCAGAGGUUGGACUCGAUGAUCCUAGAGGGCUUCUCCAAACUAAAUGAUUCUGUGAUCCCUCAAUAAGGCACUGUGUUUAUCAUGGGAAAGGAUUUCUCUCUGCAUCAACUUCUCCUGAGUGGUCUGUUGCUGGCAAGAGGUGUUUUGCAGGAGCUACUUACUGAGAUUAAAUUUUAGCCCAAUUCAGGGUAUAAAGUUGUGCAUUUUAGGAAAGAGUUUAAUGUGAAUCCUUCUCCUUAGGUGGGUGAGGUCCAAGUGGUGUUACUUGCACUGAACCCUGGAUCUGUGGAGUGCCCCGUGUGCCGUGCUGUUUGUAGAGAGCCAGGACAGCCUUGGGGGGAGGUUGGGCCUCUCCUGCCCUCUUUGGGGACAGAAGCAAUGAAAAAGCAGGAACAGUGAUCUCUCUACUGUCUUUCCCCCUUACAACUUCUUAGCACAUGUCUGGAGUGCCUGGUUUAAUUCACAGGAAUUACCCUGAGUCUUCCUGGAUGGAUUGAAAGUCUCUCAUGGGACUUGGAUUGGGUGGGUCUGGCCUUACCUUUCAGAUGAUGCCAGAAACCCAUGUCCAGGCACCUGCUGUGCUCCCCUUUCCCCUGCCCCAGUGCCUGGCAUCCCUCAGUAGCCACUAAGCUGAUUGCAACUGGGAAAGCACUUUAUCCGUGCCCUGUGUUCCAGCACGAGGAUGGUUCCUCUGCAGGAAUGGGGCUGAGGAAUGCAGGACACAAAUGGGGCUGCUACAGAGCCCAGAACAAACGAAACAUUGCUCAGUAAAAUCACUCAGUGCUGGGCAAACUGAAAAACUCCCAUUCUCUACCCAUUCAGGUCUCCCAAACUCUUGCUUUGAGAUGGUUCUGGUUUACUUGGAGAACUGGCAGCUUGACUGCUGUUUGGAUGUGGAGUGGUUGGAGCUGGUGGUGUCUCUCUGUGCCCAGACACUGAGAAAUUUUUAGGGAAUUCUCACAUAAAAGGCAAACAAUCAGUUUUUGAUUUGUCUUGACAGGUAUUAGCGCUGAGGGCAAGUUCUUUCUGUCAUCUUGGUGCUCACAGAGCAUCCUCCACUCCCCCAGCUGCCUUCCCAACCUCCCUCUCCAGUAAAACCAGAUCCAAACAGGAAGGAGGAAUAGCCUUGAGUCGAAGCCCCAGGUCAGUCACUGAAGGCAGUUUCCUCCCCUCUCACUGGUUUGGCCUUCCCUUUCCAUUCCUUUAUCCCAGGGGAGGUGUGUGGAGGAAUCCCUUUUCAGCAGGUAGUGGUAGACUUUGCUCAGUCAGACUUGCCAAAAGCUGCAAAGAGCCUGCAAAAAUGUCAACGCCGAGGUGUCCCCGGCUGGACAGCUGGGAGGCCCUGCCAGGGAGCCCAGCCAGUGCAUUGGUCAAGGAAACACCUUCCAGGGAAGCCACUUGUCCUAGAGGAACCCUUGGCUCAUGUGGGAGCUCAUGGCCCUGCUCUCUGUGUGCAGCUUCCCCCUUGCUCUCACCCGGCUUCCUCUCUUGCUCGCGACCGUGGCUGUCAUGAACAAAUCUUUAUAUGAUCGAAAAUUCUGUAAAUUUUAUUUUUCUACUGACACUUCUAAUCCUGGUGGUGAUUAUCAGUAAAUUCUGUAACUAUUGGAGUGAA